AACGUGAGGGGGUGGGAUUUUUUUAUUAAGCUCGUGUGUGGUGUGUAAGACCUUCAGUCCUGUGCGAGUUGCGCCAUGGAGAGAGCCACAAUCCCAUUAACUCUCUUGAGUAUCUUAGCUAUCGGUGUCAUUUCUGCCCCGACCAAGAAGUCACGGGAUGUUGACAUCUACAGCUUCCACAUCAAUUCUACGGUAAACAGCCGCUACGCCAUCACGACCAUCACGAGCCGUGUGGGGAACCUCCUCGAGGAGUCCAAAGAGGUUCAUUUCCAGGUCAAGAUACCAAAAAAUGCUUUAAUCACCAAAUUCAGGAUGACCACAGAAGGAAAGACAUACGAUGGAGUUGUGAAGAAGAAAGAAGAGGCAGAGCAGCAGUACAAUGCGGCAGUAUCCCGAGGACAAAGUGCCGGGAUCGUCGGCUCGGUAGGACGAACGCUGGAGGAGUUUAAAACUUCGGUGAUGGUGGCGGCUCUCAGUAAGGUGACCUUUGAACUCACCUACGAAGAGCUGCUAAAGCGACGGCUUGGCAAAUACAAGUUACAAAUCAAUGCCCAACCGAUGCAGCCUGUGGCAGAUUUCAAGAUUGAUGUGUAUAUUAAUGAGGAUCCAGGUAUUUCCUUCCUGGAGGUAAACGGAGGGCUGAAAUCUCAGGAGCUGUUCAAUGCUGUAAUCAGUACUCUAGCCAGCUCUACCAAAGAGGCAUGGGUGAACUUUUACCCCACUCGUGAGCAGCAGACCAAGUGCUGUGGAGAAAAUGGACUAAAUGGAGACCUGAUCAUUGAGUACGACGUGAAGAGACCGAAUCCAAAUGGACAACUGAGGGCAUCAAGCGGAUAUUUCGUCCACUACUUCGCACCCACAGAUAUUCAGCAAAUCCCAAAAAAUGUGGUUUUUAUUAUUGACCGAAGCGGCUCUAUGUACGGCAGAAAGAUGGACCAGACUCGUGUGGCGAUGUUGAAGAUUUUGGGAGAUCUUGGUCAGGACGAUUACUUUGGCCUGAUAACCUUUGACUCUACAAUAAGGGUCUGGAAAACUGAACUUCUCCAAGCCACAGAAAGGAACGUUGAUCAAGCGAAGGACUUUGUGAAGAACAUUAGAGAUGGAGGAGCCACGGACAUCAACGCUGCAGUGCUGAAGGGGGUGGAAAUGAUCAGGAACCCCAGAGAGGGUUCUGCCUCCAUCCUCAUCCUGCUCACCGAUGGAGACCCCACAUCAGGUGAAACAAACACAGAAAGAAUUCAGGCCAAUGUUAAAAAGGCCAUUGAUGGUAAAUUUCCACUUUACUGUCUGGGGUUUGGAUUUGACGUGAACUUUGACUUCUUGGAGAAAAUGGCGCAGGAAAAUGAUGGAGUCGCACGCAGGAUCUACGAGGACUCGGAUGCUGACCUCCAGCUGCAGGGUUUCUAUGAGGAAGUGGCCACGCCGCUCUUAACCGAUGUCCAACUGAAAUACCCCGGAGCUGCAAAUCUCACCCAGACCAGCUUCAGGCAGUAUUAUAACGGCUCAGAGAUCGUGGUGGCUGGACAAAUCACAGACAACAGCCUGGAAACUUUACAAACCGAAGUCAUCGCAAUCUCAAAAAACACAAAUGUCACGUACCAGGACUCCACGUCGGCAAAAGACCUCAUUGAUGUUUUACCGCAACAUGAAAACGUCAUCCAGAGACUGUGGGCUCAUCUUACAGUGAAACAGCUCCUAGAGAAAGAAGUGGCCCUCACAGGACACGAGAAAGAAGCAGCCAAGAAAAAAGCUCUGGAUCUUUCUCUGAAAUAUGAAUUUGUGACUCCGCUCACCUCCAUGGUGGUCACUAAGCCACAGGAAGAGGAGACACAAGUCGCCCACAAACCCAAGGAAGGUGCAGAGACACCCAAAACUUAUCACAGAGUGAAGCAACAUUCGCCUCCAUUACCACACAACCCAUUUGGUCCACAAAGAUUCCCAGGUAUACACUCAGGACAACAUUUUAUACAAGUAUUACCAGGACAAUCAGGACAACCAGGAAACCCAGGUGUAAGCAUACACACAGGACAAGGAUUAUUACUAGAAGAAGCAGAACACAUGGGAUAUCUACCUCCAGACUUGUCGACUGACGAUGUAGACUAUAACAGCCCGUCAUUAGCAGUGGUUGUUAGCCCUUUGUUACCAGGACAUCCCAUGCCAACAUUCACGACAGAAGAUGAACCUCUGCACACUACUACCCCUGCAGUAAGUGUUGUGAGGUUCUUAAUUUCUGCUCAGCCUAAACAGAUCUGCUACGACACGCCUGUAGGACACAAACUCCGACUCUUUCUGGACGGCUCAUCAGAUAUCUCUAUAAAUGGGCAACUCUCAGAAAAAGGCUUUACGCUAGUUGCUAUUCAUUAUAAAACAGCCAAGCUUCUUGUGAGUCCCAAUGAAAGUGUCUACUCUGAAGGAGAGAACAGUGUGAAGUUCGUGUGGGGGCAGCCAGAGCCCAGCAGUCAUGAGUCAGAGAACAUGACAAUAUUUCAAAGGACCAACGAGUUAGACAUCACCAUGGGAACUGUACGCGUCGUUAUCCUCAUUCAUAAGAACAGUGGAGAUGUUUUUCUGUGGCCCGUUGUUCAUAAACCAGGAAAAGAUUCUAACUUUAGAGGCAUUCUGGGAAAAAAAGAUCUUCAGUAUGAAGAGCUCCAAGGAUCAAAGUUGAAAAUCAAUGACCAGGAAGUUGAUGCAACGCUGAGCUCUGCCAAAGACUACAGAUUUGCUGCUGCCCCUGGUGUGGAAUGUUGGCUUGUACCAUUCCAGUCUGCCCUGCAGGGGGAGCUCUCUGACUUCACUGUCUCACAGCUGUAGAAAGUCCAUCUGAAAUCUGGGAAUCUUAUUUUCAGCUGAAUGCUGGUUUACUGCUAAAUACAAUGAAUUUAGCCUAAAACAAAUCAUCUGUCAGAGUACAGAAAAUAAUUAUUAUUGUUAGAUAAGAUGAGAGAUAAGAUACGGACCCCAGUGUAGUUCAUUCCAAAGACCUGUUUAAUUUAGAUGGAUGAAUCCUGAGUUAGAAACUAAUAAUAUACGAAAUAACCUUGUAGCUCUUAUACUUUACUUACUUUAUUACUUUAUUGUCCCCAAAGGGGAAAUUCUUUUCCACAACACUGUACUUGUUCGACACACACAACAUAAACAUAGACAGUCAUAAUACACACGUCAUACACAUGUUAUACUUGUAUUCUUUGUCAGACUUCAGCAAAAAGUUUUUCUCUCUGAAAAACAAACAUUCUUUAUUAAAAAUAGCAAAUGAA